AUGUUAAUUUUAAAUGACUACUUUUUUAAAUUAAUAAAAAUUUUAUUUAUUAUAUUAUUAUUAUUUAAUUAUUUUUCAUUUUCAAUCUCUCAAUCAUUACCGUCAUCACCAUCAUCAUUAAAUUAUUUUAUUUCAAAUAAUGGAAAAAAUGAAAUUAAUUGUGGUAGUUUUGGAAAUCCAUGUUCAGAUUUAAUUUAUUUAUUGGAAAAUAAUUUAUUGGUAAAAGAUUAUAAUAUCAGUAUUUAUUUCUUUCCAGGGUUGUAUAACCAUAGUAAAACAGCAAAUAUUACCAACUAUAAAAAUGGGUUCAAUCUAAUUGGUAUCGGUAAUAGAGACAAAACUAUAAUAACAACAAAACCUAGUAUUAGAGGGUUUUUAUUAAUAAAUUCAACCGUAAAUGUAGUAGGAAUAUCAUUUAAAAAAAUUUAUAUAACAAGGAAUUUAUCUCCACCUUUCAUUCCAAAAGGUAUUAUACCAGAUCAAACCUAUAGUGAAUAUUUAACAAAGAUAUAUUUUACUGGUUCUGGAGGAGCUUUUCAAGGUAUUUUUAGUAAUAUUUUAUUUUCAAAUUGUACUUUUAGUUAUAAUCGAGCAAGAAAUGGAGGCGCUAUUUUUACAGUAGCAUCAAAUUUAACUGUAGACCAUUGUAUUUUUAGUUUUAAUGUGGCUGUUCAUAAAAAAACAAAAGGAGGUAAUGGGGGAGCAAUUGCAAUAGGUCCGUUAAGUGUGUCCAAAUUUUAUAGAAAUACUUUUCACAAUAAUCGAGGAACAAAUGGUGGUUCAAUAAUACAAACAAAUAGUGUUCUUUAUGAUUAUGAAUCCUCAUACUAUUACAAUAUAGCUUCAAAUGGGGGGGUUAGUUUAAUUUUCAAUUCAUCAACAUAUACAGCUUUCAAAACCAACUAUUUUUAUAAUAGUGCAAAUCUUUCUGGGGUUUCAAAUUUAGAUACAUCAAACGCACUAUAUUCGAGUUGUAAAUUUAUCAAUAAUAGGGCACUCUUGUAUGGAGGGGUUUUUUCAAUGCUAGACUCUUCGUCACUAUAUGUAACUACAUCGAUAAUUCAAAACAACUAUUCACCAUCGGCAGCAAUAGUCGAAAACCAUGGAACAGGACCUGCAAUAUUUAUUAAUAGUCACAUUUCUUUUUCAGAAGAUUACAAAGUACCUGGUAUUAUACAGUCCAUUUUUUCAAUAUCAAAUUUUAAUUUUUUACAAAUCAAAGACUCAAUUGUUAGAAAAUUAACUGGUACAACAAUAUGGUGCAAUUCAAACGCAAUCAUUUCCUUAUAUAACGUAACUUUUAGUGAAAUAAAUGGUAAAAUUGUGAAUAUUCAUUCUCAAGGAUUUUUAUUUGCAACCUCGUGCACUUUUUCAAAUAAUAUUUUCAAAGACUACUUAAUUGUGUUAAGAAAUGGAGCCAUAUCCAUAGUUUCAAGAAAUAGUUUCUUAUAUAACUCUGGUUCAUCUAUAAUAUUUAGUACAUACAAUUCAUCAAUAUUUUUAAUAGAAUGUUGGUUUUUAAACAAUACAAUGAAGGAAGAAAUUGUUAUAGCACUCAAGGGAUACACACUUGAAAUUCAUAAUUCUAUGUUCAAGGGUAAUGUAGGUCAUGUAAGGGGUUGUGUGGUUUACACUGACCAGUGGGGUGUUUUAAAAUCAAAAAACAACUACUAUAUAAACAACACUGGAGUUAAUGGUGCAAUAUUUUAUUUUUCAACAACACCAAUCUUAUGGAGCUCUGAUUUUAGUGGUGAAUUUAUAAAUGACACAUUUCAAAACAAUAAAGCUUUAGCCGCCGGUUCAAUAGUAUAUUACUCAAGUGAUGUUAAAAUAAAUUAUACAUGUACCAAUUGUUUACUCGAAAGAAACUAUGCAGGAUAUGGUGAAAACAUUAAUUCAAACUACUUUUCGUUCUUUGUGCUUCAGGUUUCAAGUGUUCAAUCGAAUAGAGAAUUUCCAUCAAUAAUUUAUGCAUAUGACCAUUUUGGUAACUUGAUAAAAGGUAGAAAUGAUAUAAUAUUUACUGUUACUCCACAAUGUUUAAAUUCAAAUAUCAGUUUAGAAGGAAUAAAGGGUAGUAUAAUUCAAACAAAUGGUAUUACAACACUCUAUAAUUUAAAAGUUAAUCAAGUGCCCGGUACAAAAUGUAAUUUAACCUACAACUCUUUACCAAUGGAAGGGAAUUAUGGUCCAAUAAAUAAAAGUAUAAACAUACAGGAAUGUACAUGUAAUACACAAAUAUUUGAUGUUAGUAGUACUACUACAGGUCAAGUUUAUGAAUGUCUAUUGGUUAAGGAUAUAUCAAAAAUUUCAAAAAUUGUAAUUUGUUUAAUAACUGGCAUUCUGGUAUUGUUUUCAUUCACCUGCUUAGCAAUUACAAUUAUAUACAUUAAUGAAAAGGUUAUAAAUGUUGGCAAUAUUAUAUUUCUAAUUGUAAUUAUCAUAGGAUGUCUAGUACUAUGCAUAAUGAUAUUUAUAUCCAUAAAGGUAUCAAACAUAACUUGUAUUCUUUCAACAUUAUUACUACCACUGGGAUUAGGAAUGCUCUUUACAAUGGCUCUUCUAAAGCAAUACAGAAUUUUUAAACUUUUCAAAUAUAGCGAUUUUUUAAAAAUAAAUACAGAUAAUUUAGAAAUGAUAAAAUAUGGAUCAAUCAUAAUGGGACCAAUUAUAAUUUUAAUUAUUAUCGGUUUAAUAGCAUUUCCAGUUAAACCCAAAUACUUUUUCGACUUAAACUACAAAACUGCAACAUAUAUGUGUCACUCCAAUAAAUGGUAUAUAUUUUCAAUUGUAAUUGCAGUAUACGACCUAAUCAUAUUAAUAAUUUCAUGUAUUAUAUCAAUCAAAUCAAUUCGAUAUCACUCAACACCAGGUACAUUUUACGAAUCCCUUUUUAACUCUCUUUUAAUUUACAACUAUACAUUAAUCUUUGUUGUAAUAUUACCAUUAUUUUAUGUUUUAAAAUCAAAUCCAACAACUAGUUUUCUUGUAGUUUCCAUUGGAAGUAUAAUAAUUGUGGCAGUGACAUUAUUUUUAAUUUUUUUACCAAAACUUAAUUUUUUAUUUAGAAAAAAAAAGAUUGUUUCAUCAUUAAAAAAAGUUAUAGAAACUCAGGAAAGAGAAAUAGAAAGAAAUAAAGAUCUACUAAUAUUUUAUAAAAUGUAUUUAAUAGAUAGAAAUCAAACAGAUAAUCCAAUAUUUAAUAUUCACGAAACUUUUUCAUCAGACGAAGAAAAUGAUCAAGAAAAUAAUUUUGAAAAUAUUAAUCAACUAAAAAAAGAAUUUAAAAAAAGAAAAAAAAAAUAUAAAAAAAUAAAUAAAAAAGAUUCUGAUGAAGGUAAUAAUGAAACAGUUAUACCUUUUAAUAGCAAUAAUACCAAUAAUAAUAAAAUAGAUAAUAAAAAUAUACCCGAAUAUGGAAAUUUUAAAUUAAGUACACCAACACUAUAUCAAUUAAAUCAAAAAAAAAAUCGUAAAAAAUCAAACAAUAAGAAAUCAAAAUCUACCAAUUGUAGCCCAAUUAUUUCAGAAAAUAAUUUAAGAAGAAGGAUAUAA